AUGCUGCGGCGGCUGCUGGAGCGGCCCUGCACGCUGGCCCUGCUGGUCGGCUGCCAGUUCGCCUUCGUCGCCUACUUCUCCCUGGGGGGGUUCCGCAACCUCACCUCCCUCUUCGGCCGCGCCGCCGGGCCCGUCUUCGACUACUCCCGCACCCACGACGUCUACGCCAACCUCAGCCGGCUCCUGCCCCGCCAGCCCGCCCGCCCCGACCCCGCGCAACCCCUGCCCUUCUGCCCCGAGCGAUCGCCCUUCCUCGUUGGCCCGCUGACGGUGAGCUUCAGCCGGGUGCACACGCUGGAGCAGAUCCAGGCGAAGAACCCGGCGGUGCGGGAGGGCGGCCGGUACCAACCCUCCACCUGUGAGUCCCGGUCCCGCACCGCCAUCAUCAUCCCCCACCGCAACCGUGAGACCCACCUGGGCCACCUGCUCUACUACCUGCACCCCUUCCUGCAGCGUCAGCAGCUCCAGUAUGGCAUCUAUGUCGUGCACCAGGCGGGCAACUCCACCUUCAACCGGGCCAAGCUGCUGAACGUGGGGGUGAAGGAGGCUCUGAAGGACGAGGAGUGGGACUGCCUCUUCCUCCAUGAUGUCGACCUCAUCCCUGAGAAUGACCACAACCUCUACAUCUGCGACCCCUGGAACCCCAAACACGUCUCCAUUGCCAUGAAUAAAUUCGGAUAUAGCCUGCCAUACCCCCAGUACUUUGGGGGGGUCUCGGCUCUCACCCCUGACCAGUACAUGAAGAUCAACGGCUUCCCCAAUGAGUACUGGGGCUGGGGCGGCGAGGACGAUGACAUCGCCACCAGGGUGCGCCUGGCUGGCAUGAAGAUCGCCCGCCCACCCAUCUCCAUCGGCCACUACAAGAUGGUGAAGCACAAGAGUGACAAAGGCAACGAAGAGAACCCCCACAGGUUUGACCUGCUGAUCCGCACACAGCGGAUGUGGACACAGGAUGGGAUGAACUCCCUCACCUACACACUGCUGGCCAAGCACCUCCACCCCCUCUACACCAACCUCACGGUGGACAUCGGGACGGACCCCCGUGCUGGCCGGGGCCGCAGGGGGCCAGUGCCGGGCCACGAGGGGCAGAGGUACCGCAGCAGCACCAGCCUCUUCCGGGAGGAGAUGCUGCGUAAGCUGCCCCAGGAUGCUGCGGGCUGGGGGGACCAGGGCCUGUCCUUGUCCCCCCGGCUGCCCACAGCCACCGCGCAGCAGCCACUGGAAGGUAAUGGCACCCAGGGCAGUGCCAGCCCCCCACCGGCACCGGGGAUCACCCAGCACAGCCCUGAGGCUGCCGGGGAGGGCGAUGCCCACCUGGGAAGCAGCACUGGUGUGGCUGUGACACAGGAGGAGGGGAUGCUGCCUGCCCGUGGGGACAAUCAGAGCCUGCCUCAAGGCACCCACUAGCUGCUGGCCACUGUGGG